AUGAGCAGUGUCCCACCGGAUAUUGCUCAGAAUAUUUCCGACGAUGUCCCAGAAUGUUCGAGAAACGAGGCAUACGAUUUCAAUCGAUACGCUUUGAUCGUUUACUGUGGAACGCCCAUUGCCAUCGCUGGAGUCAUUUGUAAUUGGAUUCUCUUUGUGAGUCCCUCAUCUAUUGAAUAUCCAGAAUUUGCUAAUUUUCAGAGACUUUUCACCAAAUCCAAAUCUACCAAAUCUCCUGCCUUGUAUCUCCUUUUGCUAGCUGUUCUUGAUCUGCUCAUGGACCUUCUCUACAUCCCAUUCUUCACCGUCGACGCCUUGGCAAUAUACCACAAAUCCGAAUUUUUAUAUCACAUUUGGCAUGACUAUGCCAUGUUUGUAUUCGGAUUGAGUCGUCUCGUGCAAUUUGCGUCCACCUAUAUCAUUCUGUGCGCGACGAUUGAGAGGUUUAUUGUGGUCGCGGAGAUCACCUCGUUGAACUUUUUGAUAUCAUCCACCGGUCGCUUCGUUACCAUUGGAAUCACGUUCCUCAGUGUCGCCAUCCUUCGUCUUCCUGCAUUUUUCGAGUACUACAUAACCUAUCGUCCAGACUGUCCUCUAUACGAAAACUACGACUACACCCCAUUACUUGCCGGCUGGGAGCACUAUCAAAUGUUCAAUUUCUAUGUAAUGACUGUUCUUCACAUUUUUGUUCCUUUUGCUCUUCUUCUAAUGCUCAAUAUCUCAAUUGUUGUGGUUACGCAAAGGAAGCUAACUGGAAUUGGAUGGGCUGUAACAACAUUCAUUGAUAUGCCAAAAGUUAGUGAGAUGAUUAGAAAGGAAUCGAUCAAUUCGAAUAAGAGACGACGAGAUGAGUUACGGUAUGCCACGUGGACAAUGGUGUCUAUUGCGACGACCUAUUUGUGUUGCUCAUCACUAUCUCUUUUUAUUGGAAUUCUUGAGAAUGUUUGGCCGCAGAAUACUCUCUUGUUUCAAGAGGAUGGAUCUAGCACAAAAUUCUAUACACUGGCUUCAGAUGCUGUGAGCAUAUUGGUCGCCGUCAAUUCUCUACUUCGAAUUUUCGUCUAUCUUCUAUGUAGUCCAAAUUUCAGAAAACAACUUGUCAAAGAAUACCCCUGCUUGAAAUGUCUGGCGUGUGGAGCAGAUAGCAAUGAGAAGACUAAAAAUAUCAAGGAGGAGAAAAAACUGUUCAUUGGAUAUCAGAAUUUGAUAAUGGGAGCUAGGGUGGACAUGUUGUAG